UUUCAUGCUCAUAAACAAACCUCUUCCUAAUUAUUUAGUAAAAUUUAUUGAUGAAUUCUUUUGUUCUAUUUUGAUUGUUUAACAUAACACUAGAUUUUUUUAAACGUGUUUCUCAAUCCGUCUCCUCUGAUUUACUUAACACGACAAUGAUCAAUAUUCUUCAUACAAAAAAACACAUUCUCCAAAUGUUUCUUGAAACUCUCCAAUCAAACUUUGAUAUAUAAAAAUUUGGAUUAAUUUGGUUGAUAUAUAAUUAUAUUGUGAGAGUUAAUAAAGUAAAUAAUUCCACAAAACAAUGGUUGCUGCAAAAAUCAUUUACUUGGGUGCUACUUCUCCAUAUAAUUAAUUGAAUGUUUUAUCCCCAAAAAUCAUUAUUUAUUUAUCUAUUUAAAUCCUAUAAACUUUCUAAACUAUAUUCUUGAACCGGUGGAACAGUCUUCUCAAAUGAUAUCUUAGCAAAAAUAUAGUAUUACAAAUUAAUAACAUUAAACUUUCAGUACAAACAACAUUUAAAAAUUACCUUCAGCGUAUAAUCAUUCAAGCUUUAACGCUUAAUUUACAUGGUUUCAAUGCUUUCUUCUUUUAAAAAUGUUUAUUAAAAACAAUAAAAUAUAAGUCAUAAAUCCCAAAAUAAAUAAAUAAUUUCAGUCCACCAAUGACAGCCCCAGACUUCGCUGUCUGUACCAAUCAACAAACUGCAAGCCACGUAUUUAACUUCUAAGCAUUGUAUUAUCACGCGCCGUGCGCCACACAUCGCGCGUCUGGUUAACUUAAACAACUGUCAACCACAUUAAUUACCUUAAUCACUCCCGCCAUUACACGACCCCGACAACCUUAACUACAUGUCCUAAACCCGAAUUUGUAGUUUACUUUUCUUCCAAGUUUGUUAUUCCUUCCCCCGAUUCUUCGCAUUUAAAGAAGGUGAAACCAUAACCGAUUCAGAUCGAGAAGUUUCUUUUGAGAUCGAAUCGGCAUGACGAAUCCCGACAAACAGAAUCCCGUUGAAGCUUCCGACGUGGAGGCGGCGACAAAGACGGAGACGACGCAGGGGUCUGGAACGUCGUCGUUUUCUGCGAUUACUCAGAGAUGGAAGAGGGAGGAUUUGGUGAAGAAAGCGUGUCCGAUCACGAGAGGGUUGUGUCUUCUGUUCUCUCUCCUUGCUUUCAUCAUCAUGGUCUCUAACAAACAUGGAUACGGUAGAAACUUCGACGACUAUGAGGAGUACAAAUAUGUUUUAGCGAUUGCGAUCAUCUCAACGGUGUACACUGCGUGGCAAACGUUUGUAUAUCUCUCGAAAAGAGAGUUCUUCGAUCGUCGGACUUCCAUGUUGGUCGAUUUCUCCGGAGACCAGAUUGUAGCUUAUCUUCUCAUAUCAGCUGCAUCAUCUGCUAUACCAUUAACCAACAGAUUCAGAGAAGGUCAAGAUAACAUAUUCACUGACUCUGCUGCUUCAGCUAUCAGCAUGGCUUUCUUCGCCUUCGUCUCUUUAGCUCUCUCUGCUCUCUUCUCCGGUUACAAACUCUCCACUCAUUCUUUUAUCUGAAUCUAUGUGCUUCAGUCGUUUAUUUAUACCGUGUUGAUGUUUGCCAUACGUGUAAAUGUCAUUCAUUCUUUUACGUCCUGUUAUGUUGGGUCUGUGACUGUGUAUGCUCUUUGAUGAUACAUUGUAUGAAUUGAAAACAUGUGAACAUUUAUUGACUGGUUUUAUAACUUUUUUUCUA